CGUCUUGACAACAUUAUAUCGGGAGAUGUGCGGGGCGACCAAACCGAGGAGAGCAAAAAUCGGAGGUUGCCUGUCACUACUACAAUCAUGGGCACGGUUUCGCUUUCCAUUUCUACGUCCUCGAGUGAACCACCCAUAUACAUUCCCACUCGUAACGAGGUGGAACCAUCCGGUAAGUUAUCGUGGAAUACCGACUGAACUUGAAGAUAUACGGCUUCUAUUGGAGCAACGCUCGGAAGCAGAAUUUCAAUGGACACCAUACGAGGAUCCGGCAGUCCGGGCAGUAAUCCCGGAAGAGUUUUUACAAAAUCCGAAUGCUUGGCACGUGAAAGUAUUGUUGAUCAACUAUGCAACCGUGGAGCCCCACCAGACAGACAGAGUCCUACGACAGUUUGGAUGUAGACAACCAAUCCCUGCGGACCCUGAGGAGUUUGACGAGCACCACAAAAUCGACCUUCGGCUAUUAGGUACGGAUUGGCCGUUGUACUGGUCAGUGUACACAGAAAUGUGGGAAAAUCGGAAUGAAUAUCUACCUACUCGGGAACCAAUCAUCGUUCCCGAGUUAGCGUGCGUUCCAGAAUACAUGCCAUGGUUUAGGGCCCAUGGGAAGCCAUAUUUACUUACGCCGGAGGAGAGGCGGCGGCAAAUACGUGUCGGAAGGGAAAGGCGCGGGCCUCAAAAUCCAAGGGGACAAAACUACGAGGGCAGCCCCUCAACGAGGCCCAGACAUUCACCUGGUUCAUCAUCAGCGACUAUGCAAUCACCGUCCCCAACGAGAGCACCAACGCAGUCACCUGGCGCAGCAAUUCAACAGAUGAUACCCACGCAUUCACCUUUCCCUAUGAUGCCAGGUAUGUUUCCUAGCCCUUAUAUGUACCCUAACCCGUACAUGUAUCCUUUUCCGAAUCCUAUGGCAGGUUAG